UCUACAUACCACAUUUGAGAACGCAUUUGUCGGACAUUCGGUAUUAGCACGUGUUUUUUUUUGUUAAAACAAACUGAUUUGUUAAUAGAUUAAUUUUAAUAAUGGCGGUUGCAGAGAUUGUUGCUGCCGUUGUGCUUAAUUAUUUACAAAAAAAAGAUAAAAAUCUUGCGAAAGUUUUUCAGGGGAAAACAAAAGCUGGGGUUAUUGGAAAAGACUCUCCAACCAUAGAAGAUAUAUUUCUGUUUUAUCAACAAAAUAGUAAAAAGAAAAUUCAAGAUAUUAAAAAAUCAAAAAAGAGCUCAAGUGAAUCAGAUAGCUCAGAUGAUGAACCUAAUAUAACUGCUGCUGCAUUAACAAAUGGUAAACUUGGUAAAAAAGCUGAAAGCAGUGAUGAUAGUUCUGAUGAAGAGGAACCAGCCAAGACAAAUGGAAAACCCAUCACUGCGAAAACGCUUACAGCUAAGAAAACUGCUUCUAGCUCUGAAGAUUCUUCGUCAGAAGAUGAGAAACCUGCAGCAAACAAGUCUAUACUAUCAGCAAAUAAAACACCGGCAAAUAAAGUACAAGUCAGUAAAGUACCAGUAGUAAAAAAGCAGGAAUCAUCUGAUAGUGACGAUAGUAGUGACGAUGAGGAUGAAAAAAGUAAAGCACCGGUGAAAAACUCAAGUGAAAAACGCACUGCAGCUAUUAAGCCAACGGUAACAAAACCAGCUACAGCUAAGAAAGCUGCUUCAAGUUCUUCUGAAGAAUCUGACGAUGAUGACAAACCUAGUAAAUCACCUGUCCUGAAAAAAAAGGACAGUUCUGACUCUGAGUCGGAUAGCUCGGAAGAGGAUGUAAAGAAAUUGAAACCUUUGAUUCAAAAACCAAAUACUACUAGCGAAGAGAGCUCAAGUGAAGAAGAGAAAAAACCUGUAAAGCCUAUGGUAAAAAAAUCUAUUUUAACUCCUUCCGUUAAAAAACCGGACUCAAGUUCUGAUGAUUCUUCAGAUGAAAGUGAAGAUACAAGUAAGAAACCUACACAGGCUAAUAAACCUGUAGUAGCUACGAAGUCAGGUGUGCAAAAACCAGCAGCCGCGGCUAAACCAAAAAAAGCUGAGUCAAGUUCAGAGGACUCUUCUUCUGAUGACGAUAAGCCAGCUACUAAGAAACCUGCCGUAGUUAACAAACCAAUUCCUUUAGCAAACAAAAAAGCAGAAUCUAGUUCUGAGGACUCGUCUUCAGACGACGAACCAACCACUCAAAAAGCUGUAGUAGCAAAUAAAUCAACUACAUCAAUUUCAAAAAAAUCAAAAUCAAGUUCUGAUGAUUCAUCUUCUGAAGAUGAACCGGCGACUAAAAAGCCUGUAGCCGUAAGUAAACCAGCUGCUGUAAGUGCAAAAAAAGCAAAAUCAAGUUCCGAUGAUUCAUCAUCAGAUGAUAACGAGCCGGCUCCUGCAAAGACAGUAAUUGAGAAAAAAGUAAUUAAUAAAAAACAAGAGUCUAGUUCCGAUGAUACUUCAUCAGAGGACGAUGAACCAGCAGCAAAAAAACCUAAUAUAAAAUCACCUGCAGCUGUCACAAAACCAGUUGCUAAAAAUAAUAAGUCGUCUUCUGAUGAAGACAGUUCAGAUGAUGAAGAUACUAAUAAGUCUGUAGUGAAGAAAACAACAGCUUCUGUCCCACAAAAGAAAGAUGACAGUACAUCAGAUGAUAGCUCAUCGGAUGAUGGCGAACCUACCGCGAAAAAGUUGAAAAAAUCAACAGAACCUGUAGUGAAGAAAACAAUAGUUAGUGCACCACAAAAGAAAGAUGAUAGUACAUCCGAUGACAGUUCAUCAGAUGAUGAUGAAACCACAGCGAAAAAGCCACAAAAAGCAAAUGAAUCUGUUGUGAAGAAAACUGGUGCUCAACAAAAGAAAAACGAUAGUACAUCUGAUGACAGUUCCUCAGAUGAUGGCGAACCCACAAAUAAGAAAGCGAAAAACGCUGAAGAAACACCUAAACCAAAAUUAGGACAAAAAAGAAAAUUCAGUGAAUCUGCAGGUUCUGAAACAAAAACAAAUAAAUACAAUAACUUUGUUAAAAGUGGCGAAGGCAAGCAAAAUGGAUUUAGCUCCACUCCAAUUGAUAAAAAGUUAAAAAAUAAUCACAACCAAAGCUUAAAUAAUUCGAAUGGCAAGUCCCAAAAAAAUGCUCCAUUUAGACGUGUAAGAGAGGAAGAAGUAGAAAUCGAUGAACGUGUGAAAGACAUGUCAUUCGAAGCCAAGAAAAAUGCUGCGGGUUCUUGGGGUGAUAAAGCUAACAAGGACUUAAAAUUUACACGCGGCAGAUCAUUUAAACAUGAAAAAACCAAGAAGAAGCGUGGAAGUUAUCGUGGUGGACAGAUUGACAUGGGUGUCAAUUCAAUUAAAUUUGAAUAAAUGACGUAUAAUACAAAAAGAAAAAUAGUUAUAUAGAUGAAUAUAUAAACAAAAUAUAAUAAAAAUAAGUUGAUAUUUCAAUGUUAUAAAUUGAAAAAGAUUACAAAAUACAAUAUACAUUAAGCAUACAUAACAUACAAUAAUUUAUAUAUAAUAUAUAUAUAAUU